ACCCACUGACACUGAUGUUUGCUGAACAGCUGUGGAGACCAACCAGUGGAUGUGAGCACAGUGAAGCAGUACAUUUUUGCAGUGGUGACAGCGAUGUGAAAGACAAGCCAAGUUUUGGGCAGCCAUGCAUAGCUGUCACACCAAGAAAAUGAAGAGCAUAGCAAUUGGCUCAUCAGUGUGAAUCAGCAGAUUACAAUCAGGGAGCUGUGUAUGGAGUUGAAUGUCGGCUUCCCUCUUGUGUUUUACAGUGCUUAUAUCCGAGCUGCAGUGAUCUUGUGAAGGAAGACAGAACUUCUUGGACCUGUUGCACUUCUGUACCUUUGUGGGUUCUGCACGUGCUAAUAUUCAUGUGCAAUUUAAGUGUUGGAAAUGGUGGUGGCAGUGUUGGAAUAUCACAAAGUUUGUGCUGGGUGUUCUGCAUAUGCUCAUGUGGGAACAGAAAGAAAUAUGCAAGUUUGCUAGGACCUGUUCUACCAAUACAAGGCUGAAGGUGACAAUUUCUUGUAUUUCUCCCCGCUUGCGGUGGGGAGGUGUGGUGUCACUGCUGUGAGCUGGAGUCAAAAUGGUGCUCCGUGGACUGACAACAUUUGAAUUCCCUAGGAAAUAAGUUCAAGAUGGGUUUGAAGGAAACAAGUUCAUUGGUUAAAGUGAUGUGCGCUGUCUCUGGGGAGAGGAAGGGGUGAUCCUCCUGGAUUUCCUGGAGCCCAGACAAACCAUCGGCUUAACACUGCCUAAGCUGAAGGCUUUCGUCCUAUCGCAGUUACCCAGGAGCGGAGGCCGACCCGCGCCUCGCCACAGCCUCCUUUCACGUCAUGGCAGAGAGCGACGAACUCCCCCCUGAGCUCUUCUUGUCCAGCCUGACCAACCCCAGCCCCCUCAGCCGCUCCCCAUCAGCCUCGUGCUGAGGCGCGGCCCCGCGCAUGCGUGCAGCUGGGAGGGCCGGGCGGAGGCGGUGCUACGUGACGGCGCGGAGGUGCGCGGGAGGGCGGGCGCAAUGGCGCGCGUGGGGGCGGCGGUCGAUAAGCUGGACGUCCGCGCCACCGCCGCCUCGCAGCCGAAGCCCACCGGAGCCGCGGCCAUGUCCUCCGUCGUCUCUUACGAGAGCCUGGUGCACGCCGUGUCCGGCGCCGUGGGCAGUAUGACUGCAAUGACUGUAUUUUUUCCUUUGGAUACAGCUAGGCUUAGACUUCAGGUUGAUGAGAAGCGAAAGUCUAAGACAACACCAGCAGUUUUAUUGGAAAUCAUCAAAGAAGAAGGCCUGCUGGCACCAUAUCGAGGGUGGUUCCCUGUCAUCUCCAGCCUUUGCUGCUCCAAUUUUGUUUACUUUUAUACCUUUAAUAGUCUCAAAACUCUCUGGGUCAAAGGUCAGCAUUCAACCACUGGCAAAGACUUGGUUCUUGGGGUUGUUGCAGGUGUUGUGAAUGUACUCCUGACCACUCCUCUCUGGGUAGUGAACACACGGCUGAAGCUGCAAGGAGCAAAAUUUAGAAACGAAGACAUUGUGCCGACCAAUUAUAAAGGCAUCAUAGAUGCCUUCCAUCAGAUCAUACGGGAUGAAGGAGCCUUAGCUUUAUGGAAUGGUACUUUCCCUUCCUUGCUGCUGGUCUUCAAUCCUGCCAUACAGUUCAUGUUUUAUGAAGGCUUUAAAAGAAAGCUCUUAAAAAAGCAGACACAGCUCACAUCUUUGGAUGCUUUUGUCAUGGGUGCAGUAGCCAAAGCAGUUGCCACUACCCUCACUUAUCCUUUGCAGACUGUACAGUCAAUCCUGCGGUUUGGACGCCACAGAUUGAACCCAGAAAACCGAACACUGGGCAGUCUUAAAAAUGUUCUCUACCUUCUUCGAGAGAGAGUGAGACGUUUUGGAUUAAUGGGACUCUACAAAGGCCUUGAAGCAAAGCUCCUGCAGACAGUCCUUACUGCUGCUCUUAUGUUUCUAGUAUAUGAGAAACUGACUGCGGCAACCUUCAGAGUCAUGGGAUUAAAGCAUUCACGCACACAUUGAGAAAGGAACCUACGCCAAAGGUUAUGGGCUCUAGAAAAAUGUAUUCUGUUUUUGAGACUGCACUUGGGUAGUAACGGGUCCUCACUUGCUCUUCUUUAGCCAUCUCCACUCCUUGGAGAAGUUCGGAAUGCAGUCUGUAGGAAGUGUUGCCACGACUUUGGGAAUAUCCCAUUCCCUGUGCUCUUCUGUGGACUCACUGUGUUAAGAAACAAAACGGAGACCUUAUUCAAACACUUGAAAUGAAAUUCCUACUGCUUUGUGAAUUGGCAGACAGUCAUGGUGAGAAUGAUUCCCUCACUGUGCUGAACUUUCUGGUUUUCCUUUGAAUUACCCUCAAUUACUCUCCCUGUCUUUACCUUCUGUCAACAGCCGGUGGGGCCGGUUUCGUGUUAUUCUCCUCACACUAUGUUUAUGUCACUCAAUAAUGUAGAUCAUUAAAACAAUUCAGAAAGA